UUGUCAAAGUUGUCACAGAAACCAGUAGGAUUAAUCAAGCAAUCAUUUUCACCUAUAAUGGAAGUGAAUGGUGCAGUUUUAUGUGACAAUCUAAUCAAGUGGUUACAAACGCUAAACCUUACUGCUAAACAUGGAAAUCCAUCAGAUCUAUCAGAUGGUGUGGCCAUCGCUGAAGCUCUUACACAAAUUGCGCCUGAAUAUUUCACACCUACAUGGAUUUCCAAAAUCAAAACAGAUGUUGGACAUAAUUGGAGACUAAAAGUGAGCAAUUUGAAAAAAAUACUAGAGGGUGUUGUUGACUAUCAUCAGGAUAUACUAAAUUUGAGCCUACAAGAGUUUUCAAGGCCGGAUGUGGUAAAUAUAGCUGAAAAUGCUGAUCCAUCAGAUCUGGGCAGGCUACUACAGCUUGUUCUCAGCUGUGCUGUUAAUUGUAUCAAAAAGGAAGAAUACAUCACUCGUAUUAUGGGACUGGAACUAUCAUGCCAACGAUCCAUAAUGCAAGCAAUACAGGAACUGGAGACGUUGACGUUGGGAGGCAACCGCGGCAGCCUGCACAUAGAGCCCGCCGCCGACUCUGAUGCGGACAUGAGAGAAGCCCUCGCACAACGAUGCCAUGAUCUCGAUAACCAGGUGAAAAUCCUUCAAGAGGAGAAGAUGACGCUACUAAGCGAGGUGAGCCGGCUGACGGCCUCGCAGUCCGGGGCGGGGGGUAGCGAGGAGCGCGAGCUGGACGAGGCGGGCGCGUCGCUGGGGCCAGCGCACGCCGGCACGCUGCGCUACAGUCACAUGCGCGCGCAGCUCGACGCGCUCAAAGACGAGCUGGACAAGCUGGAGCUGCAGCGCGAUGACCAGCGAGCGCGCGCAGACAGCCUCGAGCGCGAGCUCGCCAUGGUCAAGCUGAGGAAUGAGGAACUACAGAUAGCGGCAUCAGAGAACGUAGUACUAAAGGACGAGGUGGACGCGCUGCGAGAGACGGCGGCGAAGGCGGCCGCGCUCGAGGCUGCGGUGGCCUCCUACAAGAAGAGGAUGGAGGAACACGUGGAUUUACGCAGACAGGUGAAGCUACUGGAGCGCGCUAACCUGGAGCACGUGCAGCGCGCCAUCGAGCACGAGCAGGCGGCCGCGCGCGCCAACGCAGUGCGCGCUCAGCUCGACAUAUACAAGAAGCAGGUAACAGAUUUAAAUGAGAAGUUAGAUGCGGAGAUAACGAAAGCGGACAAGCUGGAGAUCGAGAACAAGAAGCUGAGCAGUCGCGCGGCGUCGCUGCAGCGCGAGCGUGAUGCCUUGCUGCAGGAGCGCGCCACGCUGCGGGAGACUGUCGAUGAACUUCGCUGCUCCACAGCCUCCACAGGUGCUAGCGAAGGAAACGUGUCCAAAGAGAUGAUGCCGAACGAGUUGAAAGAGCGUCUGGUGCGACUCGAGCACGAGAACAAGCUGCUGCGACAGAAUCAAGGAGCACAGGCGGACCAGGCUUCAGUGCAGGCGCUGCUGGAGGACUACGCAGCACGGCUGGAGAAGCAGCGCGGUGUGAACCGUGAGGCUGCGCAGCGCAUCAUGCAGCUGGAGGCCGCGCUGGAGCAGCCGCACCCGCGUCUCGCCUCCGCCAUCGAGGACAAUCAGCGCAAAUCACUGCAGGUGGAGGAGCUGCAGGGUGCGCUGGGCGAGGAGCGGCGGCGCGCGGCCAAGCUGCAGGAGGCGCUGGCGGCGCGCGACGCGGACCUGCUCGCGCUAGAGGACAAGUACAAGAAGUGUGUAGACAAGGCCAAGGAGGUCAUCAAGUCAUUGGACCCCAGGACCAUCACCACUGGCCAGCAGUCAAUAUCGGACAUAACGCUGGGUUACUCGCGCGGUAACAACAGCGCGGCGGCCGCGCGUACCGACGCCACGCCCACCAACAACAACAGACACGAAUGGAGCGGAAGCGGCAGUGGUGAGGGCAGCGAGGAGGGUCGGGGGGGCAACAACGAGCAGCGGUUGCUGGUCUCCGCGUGGUACCAGCUCAGCAUGCGCUGUCACCGCGAGGCGGUCGAGCAGCGGUUCGCGCUGCUGGCCGGCGGACACUCGUUCCUCGCGCGACAGCGGCGCCAGCAGACCCGCUCGCGACCCUCCGCCACCUCCACGCCCGCACCCUGACCUCAUACCACAUACAUCAACACAUAGCGAUACCGGUGCAAGUCGUCAUACAACUCGUCAGUUGAUACAAACUAUAUAAUACUAAGGCGGAGACUCAAAAGGACAAUGUUGUUUGUGUGGUUCUUAACUUAAUAUAAGAUCAUAUGACGUGUAUGGUCUAUGGACAAUUUUUGUGUGAUUUAAAUACCAGUGAUGUCAGAAAUAACAAUGAAAAUGUAUUAAGGAAUAUUGUAAUUAUUGUGUGUGUCAAACAAAGUUGUAUCUAUUUUUUUUAUUAUAUAAAGGUUGAGUAACAUCAGACAGAACAAACGUAUGUUGUAGU